AUGGUGUUCGCCGACGUUGGCAGGCGUUCACCGGAACGACGGGGGAGGAGUCCCAGCGUGGUCAGUGGGAUAAGCCAUCGAUCAAGACACAACAGCAAUGCUAGAACUGCUCCCGCUCAACCGCCGUCGCCCGAGGCACGUCCUGCGGCAAACAUAACCCUAUUGGCAGAUGAGAAACCUAUCGCUAGUGGCAAUGGCGUCUCUGUCUCCAUUGCCCUGGCAGAGCCGGUCUUGUUUCUGCAAGGGUUUGACCCUAACGACCCAUCUACUCAUAGCACCACAAUGCUCCGUGGGAGUCUCCUCUUGAGAGUGCAAAAGCAGGCAAAACUGAAAUCAAUAUCUCUGAACUUCCGGGGCAAGUCAGAAACGGAAUGGCCGGAAGGAAUACCCCCAAAGCGCGUCGAAUUCCGGGACACCACCACGAUCAUGAACCAUACAUGGUCCUUCUUCAAUGCCCAAUUCCCGCAAGCCGAGUAUAGCUACGGUGCGGAUCUCGUCCAGCUCUCUAAAGGUGCCUCGGUGGAGUCGAAAGAAGUUGGCGUGACGGCAUCGUCAUUUGACCUCUUCCAGCGAAGUGCCUCUCCCGCCAAAGGUCACCCGACUUCCCGUGAUCUCAAGCGACUGUCCCUCCAGGCGAAUCAUUCGAGGAGUUUCGGCAAAGGCGACACAAUCAAUGGGGGACCGACUGUUGCCCAAAAAGGAUUCAAAGUGUUCCAUCCCGGUGAUUAUGUCUACAAUUUCGAGCUUCCCCUCGACUCGCGGUUACCAGAAUCGAUAAGCGUCGAUCUCGGCCACGUCAAAUACGAGUUGGAAGCCCUGGUCGAGCGUUCCGGAGCGUUCCGGGCUAACUUGGUGGGCACGAAGGAGUUGACACUUAUCCGAGCGCCUGCCGAGGGGUCAUUGGAGCAGGUCGAACCUAUUGCAAUAUCUCGCAACUGGGAAGACCAGUUGCACUACGAUAUUGUGAUCUCUGGGAAAUCGUUUCCGCUCGGCUCGACAGUGCCCAUCGCCUUCAAAUUGACUCCGCUCGCCAAGGUUCAAUGCCAUAGGAUCAAGGUGUUCGUGACAGAGAAUAUACAAUACUUUACAAACAACAAAAAGGUACACAGGCUGGAACCGACAAGAAAAGUGCAGCUCUUUGAAAAAAGGGCUGAUGGACAUAGUGUGACUUCCUACCCUGGAAGUUCAAUGCGAAUUCUUGCGGGCGGUGGUGUUCCCUAUGACUAUCGUCAACAGGCUGCUGCUGGUGAUGAGGAUAUUCCGAGAGACCAAACAAAUUUGCUCGGUAACCUUGAUAAUGAUGCUGGAAGUAUUGGUCCGACCGAGAUGGAGUUCAAUGUGCAACUGCCGAGCUGCCAUCAGAUGAAGGAUAAACUACGGAGCGAGCGAUUGCAUUUUGAUACCACUUACUCCAACAUUCAGGUCAAUCAUUGGAUCAAGAUUGUGAUGCGACUCUCUCGGCCAGAUGAGAAUGACUCGACCAAACGGCGUCAUUUUGAAAUAUCAAUUGACUCUCCCUUUAACAUUCUUUCCUGUCGGGCGACACAAGCAAACAUCUCCCUUCCCGCCUAUAGCGCUGGGGGCGGUAUGCCAUCCUCCACGGACGAGUUUGAGUGCGGAUGUCCAGGCGCAGCCAUCAGAAGACGAAACACUCCCCCUAUAUCUCAAAGUCGGAUCCAAUCUGUCAAUAACUCGACGGAUUUUGGUGCUCCAGCACCGGGUGUGAGCCGGAGUUGGACGAAUGACACAGGUGGCUUGACAAUGCCUACGCAAGCACAUGUGCACAACGACCCCAAUGUUGGACAAUCAAGGCCUAUACACUUACUGAGGAGUCCCUCAUUCAACCCACCGGCUUUUGAUGAAGACGAACCACCGCCACCUUUGGUCACUCCACCCCCGUUGUACGAUAACAUUAUCCCUGGAGAUUCGACCAGCGCAUUGGCGGAUUAUUUUGCUCGCCUUGCGGACGAGACUGCCGACGAAGACGAUCGGCUGGAUCGGUCACGUGUAGAUUAUCCCCUUACCCCCGGCGGACGGGUGAACAGGAGUAUGGAUAUUCCGAGGAACUGGAUGCCACUGGGCACGGCAGCCAACACCGAAUCGGCUCCUUCAGGACUGGCGUCUUCGACGUCAGUAGCAAAUUGA